GCCAUUCUUUUUUUUCUUGUUCCGUCUAGUGUUUGUUUGUCUCGGAGGGGUUUCCCGUGUGUUGGAUGUUUAUUCAUGCGGUUCUGCCGUGUUUCUCUGAAGUCUUUACCUCUGUAAUGGUGCUGCUGGAGAAGUGCGCUUCCACGUAACGCUCCACCCAUCUCUCCACCUAUCACAUAUUUAUUUAAGAUUAGAAACACCUUCUGCUGGUCUCAAACUGGGUCGGCUUUGACAGUGAAGUCAAACUGUGCAUAUAGCAAGACAUGAACUUAGAUGGAGACUGCAGCAUGUCAGUCAGUUGUGGGAAUGGCAAACUUAGGCAAUGGCUCAUCGAUCAGAUUGAUAGCGGGGAGUAUCCCGGUUUGGUUUGGGAAAAUGAUGAGAAAAGCAUUUUUAGAAUUCCCUGGAAACACGCAGGGAAGCAGGACUAUAACCGCGACGAGGACGCUGCACUUUUCAAGGCUUGGGCCCUGUUCAAGGGGAAAUACAAAGAAGGCUUCGACAAGCCUGACCCCCCAACAUGGAAGACGCGGCUACGCUGUGCCCUCAACAAAAGUAAUGACUUUGAUGAACUCGUGGAGCGAAGCCAGUUGGACAUAUCGGAUCCUUACAAGGUCUACCGAAUAAUACCAGAGGGAGCAAAGAGAGGCUCUAAGGCCAGUAAUUUGGAAGACAGUACAGCACAGGUGACCUCAAUCAGCUAUCCCAUGCAUUCGCCUUAUCCAUCCCUACAGCCUCAGAUGUCUGGAUAUAUGCUCCCUCAGGAGAGACGUGAUUGGAGGGAAUAUAAUGGCGACCAGUCUCAUCCCCAGACACCUCAUGCCGAGCUUCCAUACGGCCAGUGUCCCUAUCCACCAACACGUUCCUUACCCUGGCAUGCGGCACCCUGUGACAACGGAUACCAGUUUUCUGGAUCCUUCUAUACCUACUCACCUACAGAAAGCCAUCCUGUUGCUGUGGACCCCAAUAUGAGAUCUGCUGAAGCUGUGGCCAUUUCAGACUGUCGACUACACAUCUCCCUCUAUUACCGCGAGUCUCUUGUUAAGGAAGUGACCACCAGCAGUACUGAGGGUUGUCGAAUCUCUUCCUCUCCAUCCCCUGGAUCCCCCGCGUCCCCAUCUUCUCCCUCCCCUGAGGAGAGACUCUAUGGUGGGGCAGAGCCUGUGCUCUUUCCCUUCCCAUACCCCCAGUCUCAGCGCCGCGGGGCUGAGAAACUGCCCAAUAUCUUGGAGCGUGGCCUUUUGUUGUGGGUUGCACCCGACGGUCUGUAUGCCAAGCGCCUGUGCCAAGGGAGAGUGUACUGGGAAGGUCCACUGGCUCCAUAUGCAGACAAGCCGAACAAGCUGGAGAAAGAGCAGACCUGUAAGCUGAUGGACACCCAACAGUUUCUCUCAGAGUUGCAAGGUUUCAUUCACCAUGGCCGCCCCAUGCCACGCUCUCAGGUGGUGUUGUGCUUUGGGGAUGAGUUCCCGGACCCCCAACGGCAAAGCAAAAUGAUCACAGCUCAGGUGGAGCCCAUGUUUGCGAGACAGCUUCUGUAUUUUGCAGGCCAGACUAACGGUCACUACCUGCGCGGAUAUGAGCUCCAGAGUCCAGGUGCUAUACCAGAGGACUACCAGAGAAGUCUCCAACACUUGCAAGAGUAAGCUUAUUCUAAUAAUAACGACUCCUGAGAUACUCCCCCGAGAGUCAUAAACCAGCAGUGCAUAUCUCCUCUGCAAGAAACCUCUUGGUCAACAGCCAUAGGAGACCAACAAUUUCAAAAUGGAGGACCAUUGACUUGAAAGAAAUUGUAUUGCAAUUGCCUGACCAAGUGUCUAGAAGCCACAAUUCUAAACGAAAGAAAAGCCAGCACUUCACACAAACAAUGAUGAAACCGUGUUACCCACAGUCAUUGUGGUAUAAAAUGUAAAAAUGAACGUUCAUCAAAAAGCAAAUGAAGGAACAACAGGGUUCAUAAGUCUGAGACCACAAUACAUGUUUGUUAUUCCUUUAUUUUAUAUCACAUUAAAUACGGAAAUAUUCCGGCUUUGAAAAACUGGAUCAAAGAAUAUAUCUGAUGUAUUUAAGAUUAGGGACUCAACUAGAAAUAUUUUCAUUUGUGGUCUCACAGUUUUGCAAGCCUCCUUUUUUCAAAUGUUUCAUUUGAGCAUUCAAGAAACAACAACUAUUUUUUUAUAAAAUAAAUCAUGAAAAAAGUUCAUAAAAAGUUAUAGAUUUUCCUUUACUAUGUUCUAUGUUCUUCUGAUCAGAUAACAGAAUUGACUAUAUUUUCUAUGUAAAUUCGGCUAUGUGACUAUUUAUACUGCAUGCAUGUAGAUAUCUAUAUGCAGAGCCGAAUGUAAUGUAUAGGUGUAUAGAUAUCUUGAAUGUAAUCAAAUUAUUUCUCUGAAUGGCAUGUGACAAGAAAUUAUAUAGUGCUAAAUACUAAGAAACAGUUUGUGGGUGUGUAUGUGUGAUUGUUAUCUGCAUGUGAGUAAGGAUCUCAAGUCAAUAAUGUUAUCAUAGCAAAAUCUUGUUUUCCUCAGUGUGUAUGUGUAUGUGUGUGUGUGUGUGUGUGUGUAUGUGCGCAUUUGCACGUGAGCAUAUGCUGAGUGCUGAUGGGAUGCAGGUUACUGCCCACAAACUGUGCUGAUAAUGUUAGAUGUGUGAAUGAAGCAUAGAGAAGACCUCCCACAUGCUUUCUUAUUUUCGGCAUCUUUCUGUCUUUUUCAUUUGACUCCGUUUCUCUGGUUGUAUUUUUUUUAUGUUUUUUCUAAAGUUAAAUAAAGAAAAUUUUCUUCCAGA